UGUUGGCUCGUUAGUAUUCCAUCGUUUUCCAGCAUCACGACCUUUUGUUCUCGGAAAAACAGAGAUUUUAUACCCGAUGUUCGUCUAAUUAUAAUCUGUUACCUUCGGAUUCUACGCUAGAAUUAAGGUGAAACAAAGAAGUCUUAGAUGGAUGGGAAGGUGCAGUAUAUAUCUCCUCGUCAGGUGAGGUCCAAUGCUAGAAAAAAAAUAUCAAACUCUGAAUCCUCUGCACCUCAAGCUGAUAUGAUGAAAGAAAACAAGAAAUCUAUCGCUGAUGCUGGAGUGGCACAACAACAAACUUUGAAAUCAGGACUUGAGAGAGAUGGAUUUUACUGCGGUGAUGCCAUCAUGUUUUACCCUGAUGCUCAUGAUAUGAACGGUGCCUUCCAGACUAGCAACAGCCCAGGCAAGAUCACUGUAACCAUGGCCAGUCUGUCUACCACUGCAAAUGACAAACCCCAUAAAUGCAUGCAGUGUGGGUCAGCCUUCAAGCAGCGCAGCCACCUGAAAGCCCACAUCCGCACACAUACAGGUGAGAAACCAUUUGGCUGCGAGGUGUGUGGCAAGACGUUCGCUCGUCUAGACUCGGCCGUACGUCACAUGAAGAUCCAUGCAGCAGACGGGGAGGAUAAGCAGGUGAAGCAGCACGAGAGCGCUCAGCAGACUGUGCAGCGACUCACCCCAUUAGUGAGUCCUUCCGUCCGUUCACCUUCCCGGCGAAGAGAAGGGUCUCAAGGUCACGCUAAACAUCUAGCCAAGGGCAGAGGGUCCAAGGAUAAGAGACACAAAUGUUUUGAUUGUGGUAUUUCCUUCAGGCAACAGUGUCAUCUGAAAGUUCACCAACGCAUCCACACUGGAGAGAAGCCUUUCAUCUGCGACAUAUGUGGCAAGACCUUCGGGAGGAAGUACUCUGCAGACAGGCACAUGAAGACCCAUGCCGAUGACAAGCUCAGUCUGAUUCAUCAGUCCUUCAUACCACCCCCUUCAACCUCCAGUUCCAACUCCAUUGCAAACCUCCUCCCAAAGCUAGAGAGAGUUCAAGGCUUUGACAAGCCCUUCCGUUGUGAUCAGUGCACCGCUGCAUUCUCCCAGCGCUCUCAUCUGAGGAACCACCUGCGAACGCACUCCGGCGAGAAACCCUAUGGCUGCGAUGCGUGCGGAAAGACUUUCAGUCGCAAGUACUCGGCCAUGAGGCAUAUGCGUACUCACACGGGGGAGAAACAGUUCAAGUGUGAGUUUUGUGGCAACUGCUACAGUCAACGUUUCCAUUUGCGGGAUCACCUCAGAACUCACACGGGUGAGAGACCGUUUAACUGUCCAGUGUGCGACAAGGCUUUCAGUCGUAAGGACCUAGCUGUGCGCCAUCUCAGAACGCACAGCGGCUCAGCUAAAAUGUUUGACUAUACGGACGACACAGAGUGAUGUGUAAUUUCAAGGAAUAGCGCCCUGACUGUGUUUCUACAGCUGACAGAAACAAAAACUAUGCUGUAUUUAUUGAAGAUGUUUGCACGACCUUUACACUUUCUGCACAGUAAAGGAGCCUACAGCCUUUCUUCUAUGGGUUCUAUCUAUACACACAUCAAACGUCAUGCUUUUAUGGAGAGAGACAAGUACCAGGCUUCCUCAAACUGGUGUUUUCAUGAAACUUAUAUUCUAUACAGAUGCCAAAGUUAUGUUCCAAAGCCUGUACUAAAACAUGGACAGCCAAUUGCACAUUUUCAUCAACCUCAUGGUGAAAAUGGCUGUAGUCUUGUGCUAUUAUAAUCUAUCACUAUGCUUAGAAAUAAUUAUGUGGCUCAGUGAAAAUAUCAGAAUUAUACAUUGUAUUUGUGUACACCAUAUUUGUGCACUAAAUAACUCAUUAAAC